GACACAUUCAACAUGGCUGCUCCCAUGUAGACGUUUGCUAGGCUCACUGUUAGCAGGAAGAAACUGCAAACCAUGAAGGAACUCAGCCACAAUGGAUCCAAAGGAGAUGCUCCGCUGUGCUCUUCAGAUAGAGAAAUUCAGUGCAGACAGAAGCUAUGGGAACAUCAUGACCCUCCUUGGUGACCUCCAGAAGUCUCACGUCACAGCGGAACAGCUGGAAACAACUGACAUCGUCAAAGUGCUCUACAGGCUCCUGAAAACCUGCACUGAUGACAGCGUGAAGAAGACAGUCAAGAGCUUGCUGUCCGAGUGGAAGAGACAGUACACGAAGGACAGGCAAGGGGUGAAGUGCACAGAGGAGAGCGAGGAUCCUGAGCUCCCUGCCAGUGUUUCUUCACCAAAAGAAGCCGUGGGUGGUGCGGUUUCUGCCCAAACAUGUGAUGGUGGAGAGGGGAAUGCUGCAGGAGAACCAUCAUCUAUGCAGGCUAAACCUGGACCCAAAGCUCAUACUUCUGCUGCAUCUCCAGAUAACGUGAGAACCAAAUGUGUGCAGCUCCUCCUUGCUGCCCUCUGCCCCUCUGCCCCCGAUCAGGACAAGGCUGCUGAGUUGGCCCGAGACAUCGAGCGGCACGUCCACGAACUUCAUAAUCACAACCAGGUCAAAUAUAAAGCCUGUGUGAGGAGCAAGGUGGCCAACUUGAGGAAUCCCAAAAGCGGCCACCUGCAUCAGGGCCUCCUGAGUGGCUCCCUGUCCCCCGAGGCCUUCGCCCGCAUGUCUGCGGAGGAUAUGGCCAGCGCAGAGCUGCGGCAGCUGAGGGAGGAGUACUCCUCCCAGGGCGUGAGUGAGAGGCAGCUUCCUCAAGGGAUAGAGGGGACGCGGACGGAGAAGAUUCGAUGCAAAAGAUGCGGGGGGUCAGACUGUAGGGUGACGCAGGUGUCCAGAGGGGUUCUGUUCUUGCCUGCGUGGGUGAGGCAGGGCGGCCCAGAUGAGGAUGCAAUGACCUUUGUGACCUGCAGCGGGUGUGGCCAGCAGUGGUACCACAGCAGCUGGGUCUGCCUCUGAAUCCACAUGGAUAACAUACAUGACUAAGAAAGCUAAGAGCAGGUUAACUGAUAAUGAAAAUAACAGAUUUUUAACCAUUUUGCACAAGAAUCAUGCUGUGUAGAACUUUCAUUAAUGAUUUACUUUCUUAUUUUUUGACAUCUGUGGAGUUAAAAAUGUUCAGAAAUCUGGAACAUGACCUUCUUGGAUUCCUAGCUCAGAUACUCAGUGUUGCUAGUUUUGAAAUAAUACAUUUUGAAGGCUUUUCUUUACACAUUUACAUAAUAAAUUGACUUAAACUGCCAUUGUUGCAGAUGAAUUUCCAGCCAUUUAGUUGAUUGGUUGUUUCAGCUGUUCUGCCCACUGUAAAAUUGCACUUGUUUGAGUUGGUUUUCCAAGUUUCACCCCUAGUUCACAAUUUGGUAUUAUAAAGGCUUUCCUGUGACCAGUUAAAUGUUUUGAGUGUUAUAAACUCAGCUCUGAAACAGGAGGAUUGGUCACAUGGGAUGCAGAGUGGAAACUUUCCUGCAGGAUGAAGUGCAUACUUGUGGUUUAAACCAGAUUUUUUCCCAUAGGAUUUGUGCUUUGUCUUUCAUGCAUUGACCACUAAAACCCACAGCUGAAAGCCUAAACUGUAUCUUUACCGGCUGAAAUGCCAAGUCAUUGCAGUCUCCGACUGAAACCAUGGAUUUUCAAGAAGUAGCUGUCGUCAUCUUCUUCCCGCUGAAUCAUUUCCUGUGUCUCCACUCUCUGUAAUAGCCCUUCAUUUUAUUUCUACUUACAGUAGCUCAUUUAACUGCUUUUACUGGCCGCUCUCUCUUACAUUACUGAUCUAAAGAUCCAUUAAUGCCUUGACCACUGGCUUCGCUAAUGUUUAAUUUUAUAAGUUUUAUGAAAAAAAUGCAUUAUUUUGCACUUAUUGUCAGUAUUUCUGAGUAUUAACACGGUGGGGGAAUUCUUUAAAACAUGCCUCUGCUCUACAAUAUCCCAUUCAUUUGUAGCAAACUGAAUCCAGCAGAUGAGACAUGUGACCCCUGAAGAACUCCGAGCAUGUGAGCCAGUAAUCUGCCCUCCCUAGCAGCCGGAGGGGCGGAUAUCCCAUGGUGCUCCAGCCAGCGUGGCACAAUGACUCACAUACACGUCACUGUGAUGUCACAUGAAGCAGUCUUUUUUUGUGUGUGAAGA